AUGAUUCACAAUAUAUAUAACUACUUCUUCACACGGGCAACAAUAGCAAAACCCCUGGCGUCGUCCGGAACAACUACAGCUCGGAAUUAUUCCACCAAUAACCCAGUUGUUCCGCCAAAAACACUCCACAAGUUUCAUCCAAGAUUGCAAUCUAUCAUUCAGCAGCUUGAUGGCAUAGCACCUCGAUUCCCAUUGAAUAAAGGAGACAUUGAUAUCAUCACGCAUCCCGAGGUGUUUUACGAAUGUCUCAAGGAGAAGAUUAAAGGCGCCCAGAAGAGAGUAUUUUUAAGUAGUUUAUAUAUUGGCAAGGCCCAAACGGAGUUGGCAUCCACCAUAGAGGAAGCCUUGAGUUCCAAUGACCAAUUAAAAGUGCACAUUCUAACCGAUUGUCUUAGAGGCACAAGGGAGUCUCCUCAUAAGCCGCUGUCGGCGAGUAUGUUGGUCAAGUUAGUGGAGAAGUUUGGUAAGCACAGAGUUGAUAUCAGAAUGUACCAUACCCCCCAUUUACAUGGACUUACCAAGAGUUUAGCACCAAGAAGAAUCAAUGAAGGUUGGGGGUUGCAACAUAUGAAGUUGUAUGGUUUUGAUGAUGAGAUCAUACUCAGUGGAGCCAAUUUAUCCCAAGAUUACUUCACUGAUAGACAAGACAGGUACUACUUGUUCAAAAAUAAGCCAUUAACCGAUUAUUAUUUCAAUAUUCAAAAGGCCGUUUCGUUAAUAUCAUAUCAAUUGGUUGGAGCCAGUGAUCACAUGAAAAAGACCCUGAAAUUGGACUUCAGAUUGGAUUGGCCAUCUGCCAAUAAAUCUUGUGAGCCGCAUUUGAAUAUCCAAAGGUUCCUUAUUGAUCUGUCGUAUCUUUUAGAACCACUUUUGAAGCAACAAGACUUAGGUACUUUUGAGGAAUACGAUGAUACUCAUGAAUUUGAUACGUUGGUGUAUCCAAUAUCUCAAUUUACUCCAUUAAUGAACCCUCAAAGAGACCAUUCAACCGAGAAACCAGCCAUCCUUCGUAUUCUACUGUAUUUGGACUCGCCAAAGAUUAAAUGGUGGUUUACGGCUGGUUAUUUCAACAUGCAUCCGGAAAUCCAAGAACGUUUACUUAAUGGUGCUGCUGAGGGGAAAGUCAUAACUGCUUCCCCAUUAGCCAAUUCGUUUUAUAAGUCAACAGGUGUUUCCUAUUAUUUACCCGAAGCUUAUUUAUUAUUGGCCAAAAACUUUUUGGACUCCGUCAAUGCCAUUGGGAAACAAAGCUUAAUCAAAGUUUAUGAAUGGAAGAACGGAGUGGUUAAUACCCCUGGUGGAUGGUCGUAUCAUGCUAAAGGAUUAUGGGUCACUGUUCCUGAUGAGAAUGAACCUUCAAUUUCUGUAAUUGGUUCUUCCAACUACACCAAAAGAGCAUAUCUGUUGGACUUGGAAACUAAUGCCAUAGUGGUGACCAAGGAUCCUGAAUUGAAGAAGGCCAUGAAGGGAGAAAUCGACAAUAUCAUGGAACAUGCUCUGCAAUUGAAUGCUGAAGAUUUCACUGAAGAAAAGGGCCGGAAGUUAAGUUCCGGAGUUAAAUGGGCUGUGAAACUUGUUGGUGACAAAUUGUGA